AUGCACCCGUUCGCUCGCACUCAUCGGUGCCCCCCGAAACAACCGCUCGACUACUCGACCGUCCAGGUGUCGGACGUCCAAGAGGUGCCGCACCUCCCGCUCCAAUGGCAAGCAGCGACACACCUCCCCGAACGUCGGAUGAUGGUCCGACGGAUUCUUCAGCUGUCCCAAAGUCGUCGGAAAGAUGACGUGAACCCUGGACGAGCCGUGCUGCUGGCCAAGCGCAUUGAGUUGGCUUUGUAUUCCCGGGCGGGCUCGUUGCUGGAAUACAGCAACUUGGCAACCCUUCGACGACGCCUGCAGAGCCUCGUGGCCUCCAGUGUGCACGAAGGAGUUGCUCGUGAAAUAGUGGCAACUGCGGGGGAGGGGUCCACCCGAAAGCGCCGAGUGGCUCCAAAAGGGGGACCCCAAGGUCGCUGCAGCUCCAACAAGCGCCAACGAGGCGCUGCUGCUGCUGCUGGUAAUAGCUGUACAAGUUACAGUCUUUUUCCAAGUGUAGGGGAAGACUGUACCCGAUUGAUUUUCACCUAUUUGGACGGUCAAGAGAUCAUGCGGCAUCGUCAGCUCAAUCGCUUUGCAGCAGCUUUUCUACCAACUUGUGUCCACCAAGUGGCGGUUGAAGUCGCGCACUUGGCUCACGGGUUCCGGCCAUGCUCUUCUAUGCUGUUGAUGACGAACUUGCAGCACCUCGUGGUGCAGAAAGCUGGGACGUUGUCCUUGUCGCCAGCACCAGUGGGAACACUGGCCAAGGUCAGUCCCGUGACGUUGCCACUCUAUGCUUGGGGUUGUGCGGAACUCCCCACGACGCAGUCGAACGACGGGGAACGCGUGGUGCUGGCUCUUGCUCAUGCAUUGAGCACCGGGGCGUUCCCUGCUUUGAAGCAGCUGGAGAUGGUCUCGGUCUUUAUCAAUACAAUGAGCUGCAAUGGCCUUGGGGCGCUUUGCAAAGCCUUGGCCACUGGAUGCUGUCCACUACUGGAAGACUUGCUACUGGCUGGAAAUAGCCUGGCUGACCAAGGAGCCUACGAAGUUGCACGGCUAUUGCAGUCGCAUCGAGCUCCUCGACUCAUUCGUUUGGACUUGCGCCGCAACUUUAUUGGCGAGACUGGACUGCGUGCCGUGCUGGCUGCAAUGACGCACACACAGUUGCGGCUUCAAGUGCUGUGUCUAGGAGGGAACCUUGUGACGGACAAUUGUGUGAGUGAGCUGCAGAAGUGGUUGGCAGGUCAAGCUUGUCCGGUGCUUCGCUUUCUUGGCCUGGAAGACAACUUUUUGAGUGCUGAAGGGGCACAGGUUGUGCUCAAGACGGCAGCAGUCAACUCGAGCUCGGCAACAAGACCCCGUCGCGUGUCGUGCGAUCAGGAGGUCACUGCAUGA